AAUGCAAGCUUGCUGCUCAUCGCGGGAGAUGGGGGCCAGGACGAUGCUUCUGAUCUUCGUAAGCGCAGGCUUUGUUGGAUUUUGAAGCACCUUUCGCACGCAUGCCCGCGGGAGCAGUCCAUGCACUUCAAGCGACAGCGGUCGCAUGGCUUUCCUUCUCCCCAUUGCUUGGUAUUGCUGCUGCCCUGCGACCGCCGAAAAUGGAAGCGCAGCUGCACCCGGGUUUCCGUGUCUGAGACAUCUGCGGCGGUAUGUUCUGCUGCGUUUGCAGUGACUGUCAUCAUUUUCGUCGGCUCAGCUCGGGUUUGGAGUGGCAAUUACUUUGUUUUUACUACGAUUCAGAGAAGAGGGGUUUCAUCAAGGUCUUCUCAUUUCUGAGCAAAGCUCGGCCUGAAGACGGCUUGGCUCUCGAGAUACGGCACGUUUAGAAUCUCCAAGCUCUCGUACGCGCAUCUCGAUACCGCAGG